AUGGCAGAUGUGAAGAAUGAGUAUGAGGACUAUGAGGUAGUAAUCUUUAGGCGCACUGAAAAAGAAGAAGAAGAAGAAGAAGAAGAAAAACAAGAAUCCUUCGAGAGUUACCAAUACAGCCUCCAGAGUAAAAGACACAGGAAUAUGAUGGAAUCACUUUCUUUCAAAAACCUUUCCAGGGAAGAAGACGAAGACGAAGAAACAAACCCAAGCCCAAGAAAGAGUGCCAAGACCCUAGCCCCAACCUCUCCCCUGAAAAACCUCCCAUCCUUUGAAAACAUGGAAUGCUCACCAGUGGUUGUACCCUGUUUUCGUAGAAUUGAAAUCAUAGGUACCAAAGAGGAACCCGCAGGUAUCAGAGAGAUACAUGACUUAUGGUUCCCAGCGAGUGCGGUUGAUGAGAAAGACCGAAAUCGAUUUUCUGGCUAUGCACAGACGAUGAUAAAGCGCUACAACAAAGUGAAGAAAACAGAUUUUGAGUUUGUGAGAUUGGUGAAGAUGAGGUGGACAUUGGGUCAUUUUUAUCUUCGCUUCAAGGCCAAGUCCAGCGGUGCCACCUUGAAAACCUUUGAAGGAGAUGUGCGCUGUAAUUUGUGCCUAGUAAAUGAAGAAGAUGGGAGGCCCUAA